GGGGCCAGGAACUCUGUGCCUGCAGUGAGGAGGAGAGGCUGUGUGCUGCGAGUGCACCCCAGUGGGGCUGAACACCGGGCAGGCAUGGAACUGGACGGGGAAAAAGGCAAGGAGCUGGAGGUGGAACAGAUCACGGAGCUGGAUGUGGAAAAAGCGAAGGAGCUCAUUGACCAGAAGCUGGCGGAGGAGGAAGAGGAAGAGAAGGUGGGUUCUUGACCAUCCUUGGGGAUCCUGCCAUACUGGCAGAUUCAGCCAGGAGGCUGAGGGCUACUGCUGGCAUCAUAUUCCCAGCUGGAGGCACCCUGAAAGCUGGCUACUGAGCAGAGCAGAGGCUGAAAGGUGAUGGCCCACGGGAGCCACUGGCCGUGGAACGGAUGAGCACGCCGGAGCUGGAGGAGGAGAAACGCCAAGGGCCCCGGAACCGCGGCAUUGAGGCCAUCAAGGGCCAGGACCGGGUGCGGAGGAGCUCGGUGGACCUGCGGCGGGAGAUCAUUGACGUGGGGAGCAUUCAGAGGCUCAUUGAGCUUCGCAAGCAGCGCCGCAAGCGCCGGGAAGAGCGGGCAGCCACCCCAGAGCCCACCCCACCACCAGAGCCCGAGGAGAUUGAGGGUCCCGUGGAGCCGGAGGACUUCCUGCGAGCCGCCGUGCAGGGCAAGAUCCGUGUCAUUGAGAAGUUUCUGGCAGAUGGUGGUCCCCCAGAUACGUGUGAUGAGUUCCACCGUACAGCCCUGCACCGCUCCUCGCUGGAGGGACACAUGGACAUCCUGCAGAAGCUGCUGGACAGUGGGGCCACCGUUGACUUCAGGGACCGGUUGGACAGUGCUGCUGUGCACUGGGCCUGCCGGGGAGGGCACCUGGAUGCCGUGAAGCUGCUGCAGGACCGGGGUGCAGACCUCAACCUGAAGGACAAGCUGCUCAGCACCCCCCUCCACGUGGCCACCCGCACUGGGCACCUCGAUAUUGUGGAGCACCUCAUCCACUGCGGGGUGGACAUCAACUCCCCAGACAGGGAAGGCGACACAGCGCUGCACGACGCCACACGGCUCAGCCGCUACAAGAUCAUUAAAGUGCUGAUCCUGCAUGGGGCCGACAUGAUGGCCAGGAACCUGGCUGGUAAGACUCCGACGGACCUGGUGCAGCAGUGGCAGGUAGACACACGCCAGGCACUGGAGACCAAGGAACGGCCACAAGAGGAGACUGAGGUCCCAGCAUGAUGGCACUGGGCAGGGACCAGCACUGGGCUUGGCUCCAAGGAGCAAGAUCCUGCUGAGGCUCAUCCGUGUCAAUAAAACCAGCAAAGAGGA